GCUGGCGAUUCAGCAUUCGACUACAUUGUCGUUGGAUCAGGUCCCGGAGGUGUCACAGUUGCCGACAAGCUCUCAGAAAGUGGUGCAUCGGUGCUCCUUGUCGAGCGUGGCCAGGCCACAACUGGACAGUGGAACGGCAACAACAGACCUCAAUGGUUGGACAACACUGGUAUGACCUUCUACGAUGUUCCUGCUCUCGACGAUCAAAUCUGGACCAAGGGCGGUGAUUUCACCAACGAUAUCUUCUGCCCCGACAUUGUCGGCGGUAUCUCUGGCUGUGUCCUGGGUGGCUCUGGAGCCAUCAACUCUGGUCUCUGGUGGAAGCCAACGACCUGGGAUUGGGAUACCAUGUUCCCUGAGAAGUGGAACAGCACCAACAUGGCAAACGUGACUGAACGUGUCUUCUCACGUCUGCCUGGUACAGAGGUUCCUUCUCAAGACGGAAAGCUCUACUACCAGCAGGGUGCCGAUGUGAUCGAGGGUGCCCUGCACGCCGCAAACUGGACCCUAGUCAGCGCCAACGAGGUCCCCAACCAGAAGGACAGAGUCUACUCGAACACGACAUUCAUGUUCCAAGACGGUGAACGCAGUGGACCCAUGUCUGUCUACCUUGGAUCUGCCUACCCUCGUCCCAACUUCUCGCUCUACACCAACGCCAUUGUCGACAGAGUCAUCAGAGAGGGCUCCAAGAUCACCGGAGUCGAAAUCUCAAACACUGCCGCUGAUGGUUUCAGAGGCACCGUCAAGGCCAACAAGGCUGUUGUUCUCGCCGCCGGUGCAUUCGGUACACCCAAGGUCUUGAUGAGAAGUGGAAUUGGCCCCAAAGAUCAGCUUGAGACGGUUCGUAACGCCGAAGGCUCAAAGAUGAUCAAUGAGGAUCAGUGGAUUGACUUGCCUGUCGGCUACAACCUCAUGGAUAACAUCAACACUGACAUCGUCAUCUCGCAACCCGACGUUGUCUACUACGAUUUCGCGGGUCUCUGGAACAGCCCCAACCAGGGAGAUGUCGACGCUUACCUCAAUGGACGUACUGGUAUGCUCGCCCAGUCAGCUUCCAACCUCAACCCCAUGAUCUGGGAGAUGUUGAACGGCACCAAUGGUCUCCAGGGUUUGCAGUGGACUGCCCGUGUCGACACUUCUCUCGACAUCCCCAACGACAACAAGCACAACAUGGUUCUCGCACAGUACAUCACCCUUGGCCAAGCCGCCAGAGGUCGCACCACCAUCACCUCUGAUCUCAAGAUGAACGUUUCCACUGGUGUCUCGAUCAUGGAACACGAAUCUGACCAAAUCGCCAUCGCUCAGGGUAUCGAGACUAUGGUCAACAUCCUCAAGAGCGUACCCGGACUCGAGGUUCUCUCUCCUCCUUCAGGCAUGUCUGCAUUGGACUACGUCAAGUCGACUACUCACUUGUACGUUAACCACUGGCUUGGCAGCUGCAAGAUGGGCAACGAUGACGGUCGCAAGGAGAAUGGCACUGCUGUUGUUGACGCCGACUCAAAGGUCUAUGGUACCGAUAACCUGUUCAUCGCCGAUGGAUCCAUCUUCCCUGGUCAGACUACCUCGAACCCUCAGGCUGCUAUUACCAUUGUUGGUGAGCGCGUUGCUGAGCUCAUUCUUGCACUCAACCAGUAA